GUUAACCGAAGUGGAUGUGUUCCAGGCGAGGAUUUUGGAGGAUUUCCAGUAUACAUAUACAUACAUACAUAAAUAAAAAGCCUGGCUCCUGGAAGUCCUCACAGCACCAUCGAAAUGUCGAAUUUUGAGUUUUGUCUGCGCGAGAUUGCCGAUGAUAUUAGAAACCCGAACGAUUCGACCAAUGCCAACGACUUCUUUGCUGUCAAGGAUUACGUAUUGAGCAUAAUGCGCAAUCAGGGUUCCUACUUUCGAAAGAUAUGCCAAAACGACAUACUAUUCGGCAGCAUGGCGCAUGAUGUACGUCUCUACGAUGACGACGAGCUUGAUGUGCUGAUGGAGUUGCGCUUUCCGGCUUACAGCCGCAUCGAGCAGGUGGACGACGAGCAGCAUCCUGGAAUGGUGUUCCUGGACUUCUCGGACGCCUGUGUUGACAAUAUGGUGUUCAAGCGCCUGGCCAACAAUAAUAGGAUGUACAUGAAUCGCUAUAGCCUCAAGCGCUGGCUGAACAACAUCUUUGUGAAUGCCCUGGACAACUAUGGCAAUGUGGUGUACGGGGACUACGACGAGUAUACGCUGGACUACAAGUGGCGCGGCAUUACGUACACCAUCACGGCGGAGUCUCCGUCACGGAUCUUUCACAUUGACUUCGUGCCGGCCGUAAAAAUUGUGCGUCCCAAAUCAGGCACCUGGCUUGCAAUUCCCAAAUAUACGAGCGGGAAUACGCAGCAUUUCACGUUCCUGAUCAGCAAUGCGCAGGCGGAGCUGCAGCACGUGGACCGCUGCGGCCAAGCAUUGCGGGAUGCACUGCGUCUUUUGCAAGCUCUGCGCAAUUCCAAGCAGCUCUGGCAGCUGCGCUGCUAUCACUUUGUCACGCUGGCCAUUUGGUUGGCCAGGCGCGUUGGCCACUCUAAGAUGUUCCAUCUGUCGGUCAGCGAGCUCUUUCUUAUGUUGCUGUCGGAUCUGUGCGACGCACUCCUCGAAGGCCAUCUAGCAUAUGUGUGGAACUCGCAAAUGAAUCUCCUCGGCAACCUUUCGGAUAACGAGAUGUUGCAGUACACCAGCGAACUUUGCGAUGCCUACAAUGUGCUUGACUCGUAUUCAUAUAAGCCAACCGUUAGCUUUGCACGCUGCCGCAGGUUCUUUGAUUAGAAAUCUCGAAAGUACCUCAAAUCAACCAAAUACUUGACAUAUAAAUAUAUUUAUUUAGAACUUGCCAAGUUCAUCUUCAAAACCAUUCAAUGACCUACUUUUCUACUUUUUCACUUUUUGUAUUAUCCUAAUA